AUGACCGAUGCUCCGCCAGAGGAAAUCCGUGCGGUCAUCGAGAAGACGGCCGGGUUUGUUGUGCGCAACGGCGAGUCGUUUGAGCAGCGGCUGUUGACAAAGGAGGCAAAAAACCCCAAGUUUGCCUUUCUCAGGAAGGGUGAUGUGCACCACGAAUACUACCAGAAAUACAUACAGGAUCUGCGGAGCGGCGAGGCCAAACAGCCGCCGAAAGAGGCUCCUGAGGUGCCGGAGCUGCGGUUCAUCAUAUCGCCAGGCAAAGUUUCCGCUCUGGACGUGGACAUGAUCAAGCUUGCAGCGCAAUAUGUGGCUCUGAACGGUGAAGAGUCGAUCGACGUGCUAAAGGAACACGUUUCUCAUGACAAGAAACAGACUAUCCAAUUUGAGUUUCUGAACGUCUCGCACUCGCUCCAUGGGCUUUUCAGGCAGUAUUUGGAGUCCUACAAGCUGAUCUUGGCAGAGAAGGAGAAAAUACUGCACGAGCUAGAAAAUUACGACCAGACAGAGUUUUUGGACCGCUGCUACGCGCGCGCGCAGCAAAUGGCCAAGGCCGAGGAGGAGCAGACCAAGGAGAAACAGCGGCUGGAAAAAGAGCAGAUGGAAUUCGCGUCUAUCGACUGGCAGGACUUUGUCGUGGUGGAGACCAUCGAGUUCACAGAGGUCGACGAGGUGGCACAGCUGGCACCGCCGCUCGACCGGGGAGAAUUGGAGUACCGCUCGUUGCUGGAGAAAGGAGAGGAGGUGCUUUCUGAGGAGGAAGACGAGAGCCAGGAGGACGAGGAGGAGGAAGAAGUGCCGUUGUACGAGGAGCAGAAAGAGACGGUGGAGCCGCCAAAGGCACGUCCUGGCAUGAAGAUCCGGUCUGCAGGCGAAUCGCGGCUCAAGAGGAAACAUGAGGACCAGAAGUUUGCGGAAAACACGAAAAACGGCGAGCGACAGGUGGUUUGUCCGUUGACCGGACAGCUUAUUCCAGAAAGCAAAUUCGGCCAGCAUCUAGCCAUUUUGCUGCGUGAUCCAAAGUACAAGGAGGAAAAACAGCGAUACGAGGCCAAGAUGAAGUACGGCGACGGCCUGAGCACGGACGAAAUAUACGAUAACAUCAAACGGCUCGCGGAUAUCGACAAGCGACAAAAAACACAGUGA